AUGACACAAAAAAUUGUCCCAGUCACAGACCCGUCCGUUUACGCCUCGUACGAGGCUAAAUGGGCUAACUACCCCGACACGGCAGACGCAUGGCUAGAACGAGCACGCGAAGUUGCUGCCGUAUUGGCGCAGGACGCGGCGCAACGAGACCAGGAGAAUAAAUCCCCGCGCGCGGAGGUGGCCCUACUCAAGCAUUCCGGCCUGCUGAAGCUUCUUGGCCCGAAGAAGUACGGCGGCGGUGCGCAAUCUUGGGAUGUUGGAUAUAAAGCAAUUCGUGAGGUGGCCAAGGCAGAUGGUUCCAUUGGCAUGCUCCUUGGCUAUCACCUUCUCUGGUCAACGACAGCGAACGUCGUCGGCACCGCCGAGCAAGCAGAGCGCACCCAGGAACUGAUCAUCUCCAACAAUUAUUUCGUCGGCGGAGCCGUGAACCCACGCGAUAACGAUCUGCGCAUUACCUCUGAUGGAGAUGAAAUUAUCUUCAAUGGAUCUAAGCACUUCAAUACCGGCGGUGUAGUAUCCGAUGUCACAGUCCUGGAAGGCGUGCUGGAAGGAACGAACGACCAUAUCUUUGCCUUGGUGCCCACCGUUCAGCUGGGCAUCCAAUUUGCCCAUAACUGGCACAAUAUCGGUCUGCGCUUGACUGAAUCGGGCGGAGUCACGAUCAAGGAUGUCCGGGCUCCGUGGAGGGAUGCGCUUGGCUGGGAUGCAGAAACUAAGAAGCCGCGCGCCGAUAUUUUGCUGAUUCCGUUUGCCAGUUUACUCUUGCCUACUAUCCAACUCGUCUUCAGCAACUUCUACCUGGGCAUAGCCAUCGGGGCUCUAGAAUUCGCAGCGAAGUAUACGACUGCCUCAACGCGCGCCUGGCCCUUUGGAGGCGACAACAAAGACUCCGCAACGGACGAAUUCUACAUACUCGAGCGAUACGGUAACUUCCUUGCGCAUCUGCGCGCUGCCGAAGCCCUAGCUGAUCGAGCGGGCGAGCAGCUGUCCAACUUGUAUAACCAGCACUCAACGAACAGGGAGGGCGUGACAGCGCAGGAUCGAGGAGAGGUGGCUGAAUGGGUUGCCAGCGUCAAGGUUGUUACAACCGAUGUUGGACUUCGUGUGACCUCCGGCGUGUUCGAAGUGACUGGAGCGCGUGCGACGGCGCUGAAAGUGGGCUUGGAUCGGUUCUGGAGAGAUCUGAGAACGCAUACGCUGCAUGAUCCGGUGGCUUAUAAGAAUCGGGAACUUGGACGGUAUGCGCUUUUGCAUGAACUGCCGGAGCCUACCUGGUACACCUAA